GCUCCUUGACGAAUUUACUUAUUUGAUUGACACACCAUACGACAACACGGACCCAAACGCUUGGAGAUGCGUUGUUGACCGACCCCCAGGAGGCUCUGUCAGUAGUAUUAGCUUGAUCAAUAUAAACCAUUUCCUUAACAAAAUGAUAGGUACUAUUGGACUCCCUGAUCCAGUUGACGCAGCAAAUACAAAUGGAGCUAAUCUUGUACAGCACUUGCAGCAGUGCAAAACGGCUUUUGGUCGGAUUGCCAACUUUAUAUCAGUUGAUUUCUCCACCAAGGGAGACGUCUUCGGGGCUGUUGCUGCAUUGAACGGUCUACCGCCUAAGCGUAAGGUUAAGACUAAGCGUCACCGGUAA